AUGAAAUUCUCAGCCGUUCUUUUCGCUGGACAAGCCGCUGCGGCGUGCUCGCCAACGCUAGUUCUCGACUCGGCCGCGGUACCUCUCGUUAUUAAGCCGUCUUGCGGAACCCUCGACACAACCCGCCACGCCGUCUUUGCCUUCGACCACCAGUCUUCCCACUCUCUGGGUGAUAUUGUCGAAAACACCACCAUCUCUGCCGAUGCGAUUACGCUCCCCAAGGGUAUUGGCGCCAACCAGAUUGUAACUGUCGCCGCGUUCGACUCCACAGGCAAGCAGCUCCUGCAGAGCUUCAACAUCGCCACCCUGCAGUCCUCGCCCAAUGUUGAGCGUGAUAGCUGGUCCUUGGUCAGCAGAGCGGCUGAGACCCCCGCGACGUCGACAUGCACUGCUUGCCACCCUGACGUCAUGUGCAAGACCGAGUGCCAGAAGCCUGACCGUGACUGCGGCUUCUAUGCAUCUUGCGCUGAGGCUGCCUGGCACUGCGGCCCUAACGGAUACCCAAUUGGCUACGGCUUGAAGAACUGCCAGAAGUUCAUGAACCGUCUGGACCAGUUUACUACUGAUGGCCAGGCUUGGAUCUUCAGAGUCCUGACCUGCCUGCAAAAAUUCCUCGUUGGCCCUCUGUCAAGCUGCGACUCUACCUGCGACAGCAUCAAGACGCAGGCCUUUGAUUCUCACCCCGUGUGCUAUGUCGACUCGGGCGUGUGCAGCCUCGGACUGUGGGAUAACGUGCAGCUCGUCAUUACCAUCAACACCGACCUGAUUGGUGCCGCGGCGCUGAAGCAAGUGUUUAUCACUGGCACCAAGUGUGGCCAGCGUUUCCUGAACAUGGUUGUUGACGAGAUUAAGAAGCUCAAGGGACUGCUCGGCAGCGGCAACGACAUUGCCACCCUGGGCAAGAUAACUGUCCUCGAGGCCGCCAAGAAGUUCCUUGAAAGCCUGUAA